UGGCCGAGGACUGUGUUGGGGGGAGUCUGGGCUGGAGCCCCGCCCUGAAGGAAAAUGCCACUUUGGCUUCCCCUCGAAAGUGAAAGCGGUGCCGCCCGCACGCUCCACCCGAGCCACUUGCGCUGCUUCUGGCGCGCCCGGAGGCAGCUUCGGGACCUCCCUCCGCAGCACGGCUGGGCCAGCGGUAGCCCGAGUCCCGCCAGGGGCGCCUUCCCUCCGGCCGCGAGCGAGGCGGGGCGAGCGAGAAGGCGGAGCGGCGCUUCUCUUAGCCCGCCCGAGCGGAGGCGCCGUUGAGCCGCGCUCUGCAGCCGCCGUCGCCUGUCCGGGGCCGGAGCGCGGGGCCGGGCCGGAUGGAGGCGGCCUACGUGUACCGCCUGGCGGCCGCGCUGGGCUCCGAACUCCAGCGGCUCUCGGAUGACUUCGGGACGGGCGCCCUGGCCGGGCUGGUCUCGCAGGUGGUGCGCCUCCUCGAGCUCCUGGAGACGCUGGCCGCGGACGGAGCGGCGGGCGGGCUCGGCGGGGCGGCCGAACUGCUGUUGGCGGCGCCGUCGGGAGAGGAACCGCCCGGCGCCGGCGUCGCCGAGCGUUCGCGGCAGGUGGCGGAGCAGCGACUAGCCGAAGCCCGGGAGCGGGAGCAGCGCCUCCAGAACCGGCUGGCCCAGCUGGAAGAGGAGCAGCAGCGAACCUUGAGCUGCCUGGCGGGGGGCCAAGGCCAGGAAGACAGCCCUGGCCGCCAAGAACGGAAGCUGAUGAUGCAGCUGAAGGAGGUGGUGGACCAUCAGCGGGACAAGAUCCGUGCCCAGGACCAUGAGAUCCAGCUCAAGGCCCGGGACACAGAGGCUCUGCAGGAGCAGCUCAACCGCUUCAUGACUAUGAAUGAGAACCUGCGCCGGAAGCUGGCCGUGGUGCAGGCCCAGCUCAGGAGUGCCCUGGAGAGGAAGGGGGAGGUGGAGGCCCUCUGGGAAGCGGAAAGGCGUGGCAGAGCGGCAGAGCCCGCCAGCACUGGCACCCCCACGGAACAGGAGGAGGGGGAUAUGGGAGGGGCUGCAGUCCCCCCAGAACAGCCCCCUGACCAGCGCACCUUCUCAAAGGAAGAGCUGCAACAGAUCCUGCAAGAACGCAACGAGCUCAAGACUAGCCUCUUCUUGGUGGAGGAGGAGUUGGCCUACUACCAGCGGGAGCUGCUUAAUGGAGAGCGAGUCCCUGCCCUCCUCCUGCAUGCAGUGAAAUCUGCCAUCAAGAAGCAGCGCAAGAAGAUCUGGGCCAAGAUGCUGGGCACAGAAGAGGAGCCGGCAGGCAGGGAGGAAGAGGAGGAGGAAGGUGAGGGGUGGCCGAUAGGCUCUCCUGGCUCUGACUGCACCGAUGGCCACCUGCCCGAGUCCAGGAUCAAGAGCUUUUUCAACCAGUGGUAUCACAGAACCUCCCAGCCCAGCCCCCCGGAAAGCAGGCCUGGAACCUGGGAGAUCAUCAACGCAGAAGAUGUCGGUCCAGGAGAAGAGCAGAGGGAAGAAAUGCCCCCCAGUGGCUCCUCUUCCCCAGGCCCAACUUCCCCACUUCCUUGAACCGGGAUACUCAUUGCUGAACUUGCAGCUCUGCCCUUCUGGGCCCCAGGAGAGGUGCUUUGGGAAGCGCUGACCCAGCUUUGCCAGGAGCCUGGGGGCGCUGCCCUCCCAGACCCCUCGCCCUCUCCAACGAGGCUGUUCCCUGUGCAGAAGGUAGCCAGAACCUGCCCUGCGGGUGCUGUGCCCAGAACCGGCUGCCGGGCCUCCAUCCUGGGCACCUUCCACCUGGCCCUCCCUCCACGCAAGGUUGCGCCUUCUGGUAACCGCCUGGAGCAAGAGUUGUACACUGUCCUGUGCCUGCAAUUUCCAGGAUGGCCAGCUAGUGUGCAACCUUAACAUUUAACACCAAAACAACAAGGACAAUAAAAUGGAAAACGUGCAAGUGGGAAUGAAGAACCUCCUUGGGAGGAAGCGGAAAUCCCCCCCUCCAUUACUGAAGCAGAGGGAGGGGGCAGGGCAGGAUAUCCUACCCCAAUAUCCCCCUCCCACCAGUUUCCAUAUGCCACUCAAAACAAGCCUUUCAUGCAAAUCUUAACCGUGGAUAAAGCACCCCUUCAUUCUGGGGGGGGGCGGGGGGACAAACUGGGAGCCUCCUCGAACACCCUCUCAAGACACAACUCCUGGUGCCCCUCCCUCCCCUUUCCCUAACCUGAGAGGAAGCUGCAGCUCAACCUGCUCUGAUCUCCAAGAAAGGGGGAAGUGGGGGCUGGGGCUCCCCUUCUGGGGAGUCCAGGAAGGUCUCAAGAGGAAGCUGCGAUGCUUGGACAGAGACGUGGGGGAGGGG